AUGUCUGGUUUACAAAAUGAUGACGAUAUUACGAGUGAAGAGGAUAUUGCUAUAGUAGAUUCGAUGAAUGACUGUAUGACUGUCAAUUCUAAAGCAGUUUCAAAAAAAAGGAAAAGAAAUCUUAUAUCAGAUGUUUGGGCUGACUUUAAAUUGGUAGAACAAGCUGAUGGUUCAGAAAAGGCGGUGUGCAAUGAUUGUGGCCAGAAAUAUGUUUAUGAUAGUCAAAAAGGUGGCAAUUCAACUAUGUCAAGGCAUAAGUGCGCUAGGCGUGAAACAAAAGAUGUGGGGCAAUUGUUGUUAUCUGGAAAGAAUGGUCAAGUGUCUACUCGCGCACGCAAAAUAGGUCAGAUGAAGUUCCGAGAGCUUAUUUCCAAAUUGAUCAUUGCAAGAAAUCUUCCUUUAAGUUUAGUGGAAUGGGAAGAAUUUAGGGACAUCUGUACCUAUCUAAAUGAUGAUGUUAAAACCUUAUCAAGAAAUACUGGAAAAGCUGAUAUUCUUAAAGCUCAUACGAUACGAAAAGAAGAUAUGUGCAAGAUAUUGAAAUGUGUUCCAGGUAGAAUAUCUUUGACAUCAGACAUGUGGACCUCGGUUACCACUACGGGGUAUAUAAGUUUAACUGUGCACUACGUUGAUCAAGACUGGAAAUUACAGAAGAUGCUUCUAAAUUUUUCUCCACUUCCACCACCCCAUUCAGGCGAAGCUCUUUCUGCUAAGCUAUUUGCUAUGUUGGAAUAUUGGGGAAUCGAAGAAAAGGUUUACAACAAUAAGUAA